AUCUUAUUUCCAUAUUAAAAGUGACUUAGAAGCUUUAUUCAGGCUCUACCAAACAGUCCAGGUGUGCCUGUAAAAUAUCUCGCUCGGCUUUGUGUGGAACUUGCACCUUCACGAUAGAGUUAUCUCAGACAACAUCGUUUGCUUGACGCGUACACUGGCAUCAUUGUGGGCCUCCCAUGGGUUUUGGGAAAUAAGGGAACAGGAUCAUUUAUUUCAGAGGAGCAGGGGAUGUUUUAGGGAUUAAUUCAAGGGAAAAAGAGAUAUCUCUAUACUAUUAAAAGUAACUUUGACAGAAAAAAUUAUUGGGAACAAUGGAAUUCAUUAAUGGCGAGCAAGGAAGCAAAAGUGAAAUUUUCAAGCGAUCAAGGAAACACGCUACUCCUUACACCCUGGAAGACCAUCAUCAUUGUUUGCGUCUUGCAUUUAGAAAUUUCCCCAGCAGGAAUAAAGUAGUAGAAAAAGCAUGCAGUUCGCUUUUAACUGUUCAUGCCAUGUUUGAAAGAUACCAAUUGAAACCCACUCUGAGUAAGAAAUAAAGACACUUCGCCUUGUCCUUUCAACUUUGUUCAAUUCUUUUACUACUAUCUUGAAAGUCAAGCAGUAUUCUAGACUGAGAAGUACGCGUGUAAAAAACAGUUUGAACCACCCUGAUAAGCUCAUAAUGAACGCAGAACUGUUAUACCUGCCAUAAUUGUAGUUCUAUUUUGAAAUCUAUUUUCCUUUUUCGUAUCCGUAGUCAUAAUUUGGAGCGAAAGAUAAUUACCAUCAACAUGAAUCGAAAAAUGUCGAAGCCAAAAACAACCUUAAACGUAAAGACCGUAAACAACAGCGACCUUUUAGACCCCUUUGUUUAUCCUUUCAAUGUCAUGCAAAGCGGUUUAACGGUGUCUAGGUAUUAUAAAGAGGAUCAAGACGUGAAGGAAGACCUGGAACUUCAGGCUUACCUCAAUGAAGUGUCACUGGACGGAACUGGACCGAAUGGCGGCAUUGGAAGGAUUCGAGGUUUGCAAGCAAGCAUUGAUUCAAAGGAAGACCUCUGUGAGAUAGUUAGUCGAAUAAUCUCGCACGUGACAAUCUAUCACGCCUCGGUCAACUAUGUCGUAAAAGACUACCCUGAAUACAUUCCCAACCAGCCAACUAAACUGUACGAUGACACCAGAGUGGAAGAUGGGAAAUUCUCUGUUUUCCGCCUUCCUAACAGGCUGGGAAGUGCUAUCCAAUCCUCAGCGUUCUUGACCCUGGGAGAAUUUCGUUUCGAUUCCCUGUUUGACUACGGGAACGAGCUUCAAGACAUUGACGCCGUGAACCUCGUCAAUGGUUACUAUAGUUACCUCAUGACCGUUGUUCAACCUCGUAUGCAAGAAGAAAAUGAAAUGCGGAAGAAGACUGGACAUCUGACUUAUCCAUAUUUUAUUCCAAGAUGGCUGCCGAAUAGUGUUCAGACCUAGAAAACCUUGGUUAUGUUGGAUGGGGACGUGCGCUACAAAGCUUUAACUUACUGUUUUAAGUUCCCUGAAUGUGCAAAUAUUGGAGGGCAUGUUGUUAAGGGUGUGGUUUCUUUUUUGAUUCCUAUGCACGUAGUAAUUGUGAUUAGUCACCGAAAAUUAAAGCCGUAGGUGAAAAACAUUGGGUUCAUUUUGCCCCGCAUACGUACGUUGAAAGCAAAUCAACCUUGUGUAAUGCGCGCGAGCGUUUGUUGUCGUCAUUUUUCUCGUCCUUUAUCUUCCGUCUUCACAGCGCAGCCUUGACAAACUUUUAGAGAUAGAAAACGUUUGUCGCGUUUCGUAACAUAGAGGCAUGAGGAGCUGCGGGAAAACGAGCCGAAAGCGAAUGUUUCUUUAGUUCUCUCUUUAGCUCUUACAAGAGUGUUUACUGCUCGGUAGAAACACGAGGAAAGUGAUUUAUAUUUUUUUUGUGAAAACACGGCCAUUUAGAUAUUUCUUCUCGUCCUCAAAAAAUAUUGCCAGUUGAACAAAAACCGCCUUUUAUCGCAUACGAUAAACAGUAUAACCCUAAUAAGGGGCUUUGAAUGGCAAGUUCCACCCUCGUUUCGGAGAUAUUUGAUAUUUCUGCUUUAAAUGUACCUAGAUUUCCGAGUAAAUCGUUUUUGUUAUUGGGUACCCAAUAAGGCCUACACGGGGGAUUAACUCUUAUACGCUCGCCUGCAAUGCAGGCGUAUUUUGGCGAGCGAGCGCAUUUUGAUCAAGCAAGCGCCAUCUUGGAUCAAAUUCGGAAGGGACAUGAGGAGAAACGAAAAGGCGUCCUAGGGAGAAACCUCAAGGCUGAAAGAAGAGCCAACAUGGCGGGGAAUCUUCUCGAUCGCGAGCUAAUACCGAAUAUUCAUGGACACACGAAAAAUGCCUGCAAGCAUUGAAUGGGCGUAGGGAGUCCUUACUUUCUUAACAUGGCGAAAUGCAAGAGUUAAAACAACACCAAUGGAAACAAAGUAUAAUUCCAUACACUUAUUUAUAGGUGUUUUCCA